AUGGCUCCCGAAGUUGAAGAUUCAAGCUCUAAAAGUUUGGAGAAAAUUCUAGAGUGGUACCCAACUGUUCCUCCAGCUGUUGAUACCCUCGUUCAUAUCCUCAUUCAGAAGCAAGCGGCGUGGCUCCCCCAAUCUCAAGCUGUUUGCUCCUGGGACGGCGACCUCUCAUACGCUGAACUCGAUGACCUAUCGUCUCGCUUGGCAGCUUAUCUGGCAGCACAGGGCGUAGGCUCUGAAACAAUUGUUCCCCUAUGCUUUGAGAAGUCAGUAUGGGCUAUAGUCAGCGUAUUGGCAGUGCUGAAGGCCGGUGGCGUCUUCCUUCUUCUGGAUCCUUCCCAACCGAUUGCCCGCCUGAAAUCCAUUGUGGGACAGACUGGAGCAAACUUCGCUUUGUCAUCU